GUAUUCUACUGAAGAGCGGUGCACUAUCAAAACUGAUAGUGUACAAAAUCAGUACGAUCAGUGCCCCCUAGAGGAACUUGUGGAGAGUGGCAGUGCCGACCAACGAUGACGUCGAGCCCAAAAUGACUCAGUAUUGUCAUGUGCAAGGAAGGAGAGACAGUUCCUGCUUUGUAAUAAACCAGGAAAUCAAGUCAUGUAAAUAGGCUGACUUGAACAGCUGCGGGCUGGUAGUAGUCGCACCCAGAAGUUUUUUAUUUUCAGUAGAUAAAUAAUUCUUUCGUUUUUAUAGCUGUAACGUAUAGUUGUUAGUCAUGGCAUCGUUAUUCAAGAAGAAGACGGUGGAUGACAUCAUAAAGGAGCAGAACAAAGAGCUGAGAGGGACGCAGAGGCAGAUCACCCGGGAUCGAGCUGCGCUGGAGAGGCAGGAGAAGCAAAUGGAAAUGGAGAUCAAGAAGAUGGCGAAGACAGGGAACAGGGAGGCCUGCAAGAUCCUGGCCAAGCAGCUGGUGCAGCUGAGGAAGCAGAAGAACCGCACCUACGCCGUCAGUUCCAAGGUCACCUCCAUGUCCACGCAGACCAAGGUCAUGAACUCCCAGAUGAAAAUGGCAGGAGCCAUGUCCACCACAGCCAAGACCAUGCAGGCGGUCAAUAAGAAGAUGGACCCACAGAAGACCCUGCAGACAAUGCAGAACUUCCAGAAGGAGAACAUGAAGAUGGGGAUGACAGAGGACAUGAUCAAUGACACCUUGGAUGAGAUCUUCAAUGAGUCGGGUGAUGAGGAGGAAUCCCAGGACAUUGUUAACCAGGUGUUGGACGAAAUCGGCAUCGAGAUCUCGGGAAAGAUGGUGAGUGCCCCUUCGGCAGGAAAGAGCCUCCCCAGCGCCUCCACCUCCAAAGCAGCCGGCAUCUCAGACGAGGAGAUCGAGAGGCAGCUGAGGGCCCUGGGAGUGGACUAACCCGCUCCGCGCACCCGGACUCCAAACGCUGCUUCAACAAGCACGACCAACCUCAUCUAUUAUAAUCACACACUGUGUUACAGGCAACUGUUGACAGGCUGAGAGUAAAUACUGAUUGUUUUUUCAGACAUGAUGAAAAGAGGGUUUUUUUGGCAGUGCUUUUGAGUUAGGGUGUAUUACAGUCAACGGAUAAGCUGGGGGUGAUCUGAAGGAUGUAGAUUGUGGGAACAGCUAGGGACAGAAAGUGGACUGCUUUUUGCAAUACAAAAGCAACCUGUAAUGAAAGACACUCAAUAGCUCCGACAUUUAGGGGUGUUUCAUUUUAAUGCAAACAGACUCCACUGUGACUUCAUGACAGGUGUGACAGAUUUACUAUCAUGCAUAUUUAAUAAUCAACCCCUUUGUUACUGUUGAAAACACAGUCACAAGAACUUUCAACCUUAAGACUUAGGUUGAAAACAAUUUUUUAAAUAGGUUAGGGGUUUGCAAGAAUACUUUUUUGACAUUUAAGUUUAUUUUGCAUGAAGUAAGCUUUGUUUAUAACACUAACAGUCUCCACCCACCAUCAUUUGCCUGACUGGGCUGAGAUUAAUCAGGCAAGCAGUAUCAUAAUAUUUGUAUUUUAAUCUUUCAGUUCCAGGUACUGUUAAUAUUUGUCCUUACAUACUGGUAGUCUUCCAACACACUGACAUUAAUGUGCAUUAACAAUAGAGCAGAAUAAUGGUUUGCCGUUUCAUAACAAAAUGUCUUGCAUGGAAAUUGACUUAACCUCCUCAACAUAUGCCUAAUUAAAUACCACAAACAAUUCUGCACACACAAUUAGUUCAAAUUUUCAAGCGAUCAUAUAUUACAAAUGAUUAUAUAAAUUAUAUACACAUUUAUUUCAGGUUCAGGUCUUGAAAUACUCACAGAUUUAGCAUGGAUAAGGUUAUGUACAUCUGAAUUGUUACUGGAGAGUUGAAUUAUGGUACCAUUCUCAAGGGUACAGCAAAAUUAGGUCACCUGGGAUUUGAGGUACAACUCUGGUAUGCAGCACUGAGUACUCAGAGUACAGCACUGUAACCUUUGUGCCGCAAACUGCCUAACUUUUCUAGUCGGGAGAGAAUAGGCCUGCCCAAACCGUAGUGUACAUUCUGGUUAUGGAUCUGAAUGCUGUUUACCCUUAGGAUAUGUGAGAAAAUAGAAAAAACAUUAUUUCAUUUACUUCACAAAAAUGAAGGAUAUUGUAAUUUUAUUUGUUUCACAGGUUUAACACUUCAGAGUGGUGCUUAACUGUGUUUCAAAGAAAAUAAUUUUGACUAGAACCCAUUCAUGUUACCUAAAAGGGUUCACAUGCACACAGUGCAGAAAGCAAAGUGUGACCGCCUCACCAUUCCGGCUGAGUCUACGUGCCUUGUGGAGGGACAGUCAUUGGUGGCCAGACCUGUAUGUUGGUUUUGUUGACAGCAUUUUGGCUCCUGGCCACCUCAGGGUCUACAUUGUUUCUCUUUACAUACAGUGUAGAAUCCACAGACUGUCUCUGUAUAUCUCUGCUGCUGUGUAGGCACCUCUGUUUUUGCCGCCUGUGAAAGACUUCCAUAUGACUCAGACAUUCAGUUGUUACAUUGCGGGAUGAGGGUGGUUUGUGCUCUCACUUAAGAUCCCUGUCAGGUUGUCAUGUGCUAAACUCCUCUGUUUACGUACCUGGUGUCUUCCGAGUCCUGCAAAAGCUGUGCUCCCCAAGCACAGGUGCAUUACCUGCUAUUGUGUGUAAUGCAUUGUGCAUAUACAUUCCGAUUCUUAGGGGUAAUCUGGACCCUGGCCCCGUUCAUUUGAAAUGACUUCUAAUUCUAACAUUUUAGAUGCCCUGGUAUUUUGCCAGUGAGAUUAUUUACAUGUAUAAUCAGCAAUUCCUCUAUGUCAUUUUUUUAUUCCUAAAGGGCAAAAAAACAAGGACACAUUUCUCUGCAGGUUGGAAAUACAGUAAGUGCUGAUUAUUUAAUGUAAAUCACUGGAGGUGAUUGUGCUGGACUAGUUUUUCCACAGUGACUCCUUUCUUGGGAGUACAGGCAUGUGCAGCUCAAUGACUCUGACACUGGGUGACUGACCUCACUGGCACUGUAAUUCCUUUGUUGUAGAUAUAAUUUAACACUGUGUUUUAAGUUCUGAUGGGUGUAAAUAAAAUACAUUAAUCAUUGGUGCAGUUAUAUUUGUGUUUUUUUGUGUUGGCUUUGUGACUGGUGCAGGUUUUGAUAUUUUUGCCAAGGAAGUUUAAUUCAGUGAACAGGGGAUUUGUG